UUAUUUCUCAUAGUAAACAUAUUACAUAAAUCAUUAUUGUUUCUAUUCUUUUCAAUAAACAACAUAUUUGUUGAGAUGGAUAGAUAUAUAUUAUCAUGUGAAGAUUUAUUAUUAUUUAUCCAUCAUUAAAACCAUACUACUAUUAAUACUACUACUAUUACUACUACUAAUAACCACUAAAGAUAAGUAGUCUAUUAGUGAUAAUCAUCAUUUUGCCAAUCAUUCUCAAACAUUCAACAUACAUAAAUCAAUGAUAUUUCUAGAAAGCCAAAGGAAUUAAAAUCAUUACAAAUAAAUGAAUGACUUAGAGUAUUCUAUGUAUUUCUCCUAUUCAUUGUAUAUAUAGAUUUAUAUAUUUCAUAAUUAAAUGUUCUAAACGUUUUAGAGAAUCUCUUUGAACAUAUGAGAUAUAGUAUGGAUAUAUGAGUGUGUCUGUGUGUGUGUGUGUGUGUCCGGGGGCGAGGAGGUUUAUGUAUGUAUUGUAGUGAAGAACAACUGUUUCGUAUUGUAUUCAAUUGUGAAUAUUAUUUUUAGCUAUUGGAUAAAUACUUUUUCAUUUUAAAAAAAAGAUUUCUUUACGUGGAAGAACAGAUCAUUUCAUUGUUAACCAUAGCAACAACACCACCAACAACAACAGCAACAACAGUAACUCAUGGAUCUGUUACCAACCAUUUAUACACAUAGAUCAAUGUAUAGAAAUAAUAAUAAUAAUAAUCAUAAAAACACUAUUGAAGAUUCAAAUCAUAAUGAUGAAGAGAAUGGAUUAUUAAAAGAAUAUCAUUCUAUUGAAUAUGAUGAAUUACUACAACAUCAACAUCAUCACCAUCAGCAUCAACAUCAUCAGCAUCAGCAGCAUCAGCAUCAUCAGCAUCAGCAUCAGCAUCAACAGCAUCAGAUUAUUCAACAACAAACAAAAUUAUUUCGUCAAUUAUCUGCUAUACCUAAUCCAAUUUAUUAUUAUUUACAUUUAUUUUAUAUAAAACGUGUUGAAACAAGACGUAUUCAAAUUGCUAAAACAUUACAUGAAAUUGUAAAAAUAGCUCAAGAGAUUUUACAUGAAGUGGAAUUACAAGAACCACGUUUUGUUAGUACAUUAAAAGUAAUGAAUAUGAAUAAUAUAGAAAAGAAACAACAGAAUAAUGAAGAUAGUGAUGUAAUAAUAAUAAUACUCUAUUGGAUACUACUUUGAAUGUAAUCCAUACAACGAAUAGUACUUCUACUACUAAUACUACUAAUACUA